CGGGAGCCCUGGGCUUCGGAUAUUAAAGAGAGCCCGGGUCGGUUACGGGGUCUGGACCGCUGAACCAAGCACACGUGUGUUUAAUGGAGGCGAGACAGACAACAUGCAGGACAGACGGCGCCGUGACGCGGUUGGUUAAUGGCUAGGCGAUAAACAUAUGGUAGUGGGCGGAAUUAUAGGGAUUAGAUUCCACAUGCAAACGUGCUUACUCUGUUAUGUGGGCGCGGAAUUUAUGGAUCUUGCAUGGGGUAUAAUGGCGGGAGUUAAAGAUAUUAUCGAAUAAGAUGUUGAAAGAUAUGACAUAAAACAUAUACGCUAUAAAUGUUGCAUAUAUAGUAUAUACCGUUUGGCGUAAAACAUUGAGUCAUUGUGCGUAAGUAGUGUGUUAGGGAUAUUUGUAUUACAUGUACAUUGCUAUAAUAUCGGUACGAUUUCGGAAACAAUGGAAAUACCCUGGAAACGUGGAUGCGGUUACUUGUUUAGUAUAGCAUCCGUGAUUUCCUUUCAUUCGAAAAAAUACCCCAAGACAGCAUAACUAGUUGGCGGUGGAGAUGGCCGGCUCUGGACAAUCACCGGCGAUGGUAGGAGAUGGCGUUCGUCUUGAUCCAGAGACAGAGGGAGUAGUUGAUGGUAACUUACUGGUUACACCACCUUUUGCUCUAUUGGGGCCUGUAAUCGACGAGAUGAGCAUAGGGGAGGAAGGAGAACAAAGGGUUCGACCUCCUAUGUCCAAUAUUAGCUCCAGGGAGAUGGAUACGCCUCAAAUACUGCAUUCACAUGUAAGUCCAAUUGUUGUAUUUGAUUCUUGAAUGAUUAGAUUGUUAUGAUCAUAUUCCGUGGUACAAACAACAAUGUCAAUGAAUUGCAGAAAAAAAACAUUGAUCCAAAUAUAGUGCCAACAGUAGGGAUGACUUUCAAGGAUGUUGAUGAUUCAUAUAAAUUCUAUAAAAGGUAUGCAUAUGAAGUUGGAUUUCCAUUGAAGAAAUACAGAGAGAAGACAUUCAGUAAGUGGAUAAAUUGUUCACGUGAAGGUAAAAGUGCACCAAAAUCAAAUGAUACACCUAGGAUGAGGAAUAGGAAUUCGGGGCGUACGCAAUGUAAGGCUGGAAUGAAAUUUAAAAAAAUAUAUGAUGAUGAAAAAAUGGUUGUAGCUGCAAAAAUUGAACUGGUGAAUUUGGAGCAUAACCAUGAGUUCAUAACUGACGAAGCAGAGAAACAACAUUUACGUUGCAACAAAAGUAGGCAUGCUGAGUUCAUAAAUUUUGUUGAUGCAAUGCAUGAUAGCCGAGUGCUGCAGCAUUGCAUAGUUGAUUUUAUAUCAGACAUGCAUGAUGGGCCAGAGAACGUACCGGUAACUGCUCAAAAUCUGAAAACAUGAGGGCAGCAAGGAGACGAGAAAACUGCGCAAAUAAUGUAGCCAAACUUUUGGCUUUCUUUACGGAAUGCAAGAAACAGAAUCCACAAUUUUUUUGUGAUUUUCAGCUAGACAAUGAUGGGAAAAUAGUGAGUAUUUUUUGGUCACACGCAAGUAUGCAGGGGGAAUAUGCAGAUUAUGGUGAUGCUGUGACAUUUGAUACAACACACAAGACAAAUAUAUAUGAUAAACCACUGGGCAUGUUUAUUGGAGCUAACAACCAUCUGCAGUGUACAUUGUUUGGAUUUGUUUUGUUGGGAGAUGAAACAGUUCAGACUUUUGAAUGGGCUUUCAAUUCAUUCAAAACAUGUAUGGGAUGCGAGGGUCCGAGAGUUAUGCUAACAGAGGAAUUCAAUCUUCAUGAAGAUAUGACUCUACGCAAAUUAUAUGAAAUAAGGAAAGAAUGGAUACCGGCAUUUUUUAAAAAUGACUUCUGUGGGGUAAUGGUAUCUACACAACGAAGUGAGAGCAUGAACAGAUUAGUGAAGCAAUCACAUGUAGAUGCGAACACCCCUCUGCAUGAGUUCGCUAAACAAAUGAUGAAAAUGUUGCAUAGCAAGAAAAUGAAAGAAUCAAAGGAGACAUUGAUGAGCAAGGGACCAAGGACAACAGAUAUAUUGUAUAGGUUCGAAGUGAGAGUCUCUAGGGCAUACACCAGAGCUGUUAUGAAUAGAUUUGAGGAAUCAAUAAAAUACGCCACUGCAUACAGAAUAUUGAAGGUCACAAACGGUUGUGAUAAAGAUUGGAUCGUACAACAUACAAAAAGAUCUAAUAAAAUUGUGUGGGGACAACAUCAAUUCAAGAUAACAACAGACAUAGAAGCUGGGGAGUAUACAUGCGAGUGCAAACAGUGGGAACAUACAGGUCUAUUGUGUGUUCAUCUUUUAAGAGCCUUCAUGCAUCUACAAGUUGAAAAGAUACCUUCAAAGUAUAUAUUGCAAAGGUACACUGUCUCAUCAAGAAAAGAUGUGCCGUUUGAAAGAAUUAAUAAGAGCUUCAGGGGAAAGGAUGGAGUUACUAAAUCAUACAGACAGAAAAUGUUGCUAACGAAAACAAUGAAAGUUGUUCGCCAGGCGUGUAUGUCAAAAGCAGGGUACGACAAGACAAUGGAUGUGUUGGAUGAGCUCGAUGGCAUUCUAUGCCGAUUAGAGCCAGACAUUGGAUGUAAUGGGUCAUGUGAUGUUAGUAAUGAUGAGGAAAACCAGGAAGGAGAAGUAAAUAAUAAUAAUGCUGGCGUUGGAAUGGAAGAUGACAAUUCAAUUACAUGCCAUAAAAUGGAUGAGCAUAACACUAUGACUGGAUGUGAACAUGCGUUAACAUUAAUAACAUCUGGUAACCAGGUGGACAACAUGAGAAUUCCACCUGAGGUUGGUGAUACAAGUUCUCCGUGUCACGUAGCACACGACCAAAUGGAACAGAUUGGUGCAUCCUCAGAAGCUAAGAAGAGGUUGAAUUUUAAUGUGGAUGUUAUAAAUCUGAGGAUGCCGGAUCGUGCAAGACCAAAAGGACGGACAAUAAAAAAUAUAGAAGAUAGGAUUAUGAAACUAGGUGCCAAAAGAAAAAAAGAAGAAUAGGAGAUGCCAAUUGUGUGGAAUAGCAGAUGGACAUAACAGCAGAACGUGUCUGUCUGUGGAAGAGAACAGGGCAAGACUAGCAAAACUGGCUAAUCGAAAGAGAGGACGACCGGCCGGAUCAAGACUAAACAAUAAAACAACUGCUCCACAGUGGAAUGAAACAUCGACUGCUAAAAAACAUCGUAUUGAUGAAGAAGUAGAAAAUGAAUAAGCCGCUGAGCAUAUGGAAUUAGGUGAAUAAUUUGAAGUGUGACUAAAGGGAGGUCGAUGAAGUAUAAAUUUGUAAUAGCACAAUGACCUGUGUUUUAGUUUUGGAAAUUAAUAUUUUGCAUGACUGA